UGGACCUUUGGAGCAAAGCUGCACCAGCUCGAGCGCGCGCGCCGUGCGCACUCAGAGUGUGGGAUAUUUCGCCCACUUCCCGCAGGCCCUCUUUUACAGAAUGAGGUGCAGGUAUGGCAAGGAGUAGCAAGUCAGCGUCGCGCACCCUGGAGGAUUUGACGCUCGACUCUGGUUAUGGUGGAGCCGCAGACUCCUUCAGAUCAUCCAGCGCGUCGCUGUGCUGUUCAGAGGCACAUGGAGGCAAUUACUGGCAUUUAACCGACUCCGUGCACAGCCGCCACAACAGCCUGGACACUGUAAACACCGUCCUGGCCGAAGACGCCGAGAUCCUGGAGUGCGCCGGCCAGUGCGCCAAGCUGCCCGAGCUGGAGGAUGUGCCGUGGAGCCUCGGGGAAGUGGUGAGCGCGCUGAGCAGGGACGAGGAGAUGAGCCUGCCGAGCCCUCCGCAGGACGUCCUGCUCCGACUCUCCGCGCUGGUCAGCCGCGUGCUGGUCAGGGUGGCCAAAGAGGCGCAGCGGCUGAGUUUGCGCUACGCCAAAUGCACCAAAUACGAGAUCCAAAGUGCCAUCAAGAUCGUCCUGUCGUGGAGCGUGUCGACGACCUGCGUCGGCACGGCCGUGGGCGCCCUGUCCCUGUACAACAUGAGCACGGAGGAGGACAAGUUCAGCCGCGGCAAGUCGGCGCGCUGCGGGCUCGUCUUCAAUGUGGGGAAGUUCUUCAGGUGGAUGGUGGACAGCAGGGUGGCGGUGAGGGUCCACGAGCACGCGGCCAUCUACCUGGCCGCGUGCGUGGAGAGCCUGUUCCGCGAGGUGUACGCGCGGGUGCUGCGCAGCGCGCUGCUGGAGCGAGAUAACGGAAUCCCCAAAUUCACCGUGGAGAUCCUGGAGCAGGCCGUCAACGGAGACGCGGAGCUCUGGGGGUCCCUGCAGCCAUGGCAACACCUGAUCUGCGGCAAGAACGCGAGCGGUGUGCUCAGUUUACCAGAAGGCCUGACACUUCACAGGGACCAGCAGCGAGCAGGGAAAAGCACAGAUGGAAAUGCCUACAGUCAGUGUGAGCUGCGCUCUGUUGAACAGUGUUUACUGGCCACAAGAGUGGGCAGCAUCUCUGAACUCAGUGACUUGGUGACACGGGCCAUGCACCACCUGCAUCCGCUGUAUAUAAAGAACCACAACAAUGGGACGCCGAUCCACCAGAAGAGCUGUGUUAUUCACUGGGCGCCUGAGGCCAUCUACACACUGUGCUACUUCAUGCACUGCCCUCACAUGGAGUGGGAGAAUCCCAAUGUUGAGCCCUCCAAGGUCAUGCUGCAGACAGAGAGGCCCUUUAUGAUCUUGCCACCUCUGAUGGAGUGGGUUCGCGUGGCAGUGGCUCACACGGAACACAGACGCAGCUUCUCUGUGGACAGCGACGACGUUCGGCAGGCCGCCAGACUGCUGCUGCCCGGCGUGGACUGUGAACCACGCCAACUCCGAACGGACGACUGCUUCUGUGCCUCCAGAAAACUGGACGCCGCCUCUACUGAGGCAAAGUUCCUGCAGGAUCUGGGUUUUCGGAUGCUCAGCUGUGGACGCACAGACCUGGUGAAGCAGGCUGUCAACCUGCUAGGACCGGACGGUAUCAAUAGCAUGAGUGAGCAGGGAAUGACACCUUUGAUGUACGCUUGUGUCCGUGGAGACGAGGCCAUGGUGCAGAUGCUGCUGGAUGCAGGUGCUGAUAUUAACAGUGAGGUGCCAAACUCAGUGCACAAGCACCCCUCAGUCUUUCCCGAAACGCGGCAGGCGACGCCCCUCACUUUUGCCGUGUUGCACGGACACGUGCCCGUGGUGCAGCUGCUGCUGGAUGCCAAAGCUAACGUGGAGGGCUCCCUGCAGGACGGAAUGGAGAACUACACUGAAACGCCGUUGCAACUUGCGGCUGCUGCAGGUAACUUUGAACUAGUGAGUUUACUCCUGGAGCGAGGUGCAGACCCUAUGGUUGGAACCAUGUACCGCAAUGGCAUCUCCACCACGCCCCAAGGAGACAUGAACUCCUACAGCCUUGCAGCAGCACACGGUCAUAGAAAUGUGUUCCGAAAGCUGUUGUCUCACACGGAGAAGGGCAAAGGUGAUGUCUUGUCCCUGGAGGAGAUCUUAGCUGAAGGUUCAGAGCUGGAAGGGAGAAGCCCAUCUCAGAUGGACAUGGUCCGAACUGGGAAGGCCAAACUUAAAGCCCUUAAAGAAGCCAUGUACCACAGCACUGAACACGGGCAUGUUGACAUCACCAUAGAUAUAAGAAGUCUUGGGAUUCCGUGGACUUUGCAUACUUGGUUGGAGUCUCUCCGUACUUGUUUCCAUCAGCACCGCCGGCCUCUGAUCCAGGGUCUUCUGAAAGAGUUUAGCUGCAUUGAAGAAGAGGAGUACACAGAGGAACUCAUCACACACGGCCUUCCUCUCAUGUUCCAGAUCCUCAGAGCCAGCAAGAAUGAAGUAAUCAGCCAGCAGCUGUCUGCAAUCUUCACCCAGUGUUAUGGUCCGUACCCCAUCCCCAAACUGCCAGAAAUCAAGAAAAAACAGUCGUCACGCCUGGAUCCACAUUUCCUGAACAAUAAAGAGAUGUCAGAUGUGACCUUUUUGGUGGAAGGAAAGCCAUUUUAUGCUCACAAAGUGCUGCUAUUCACAGCUUCCAACAGGUUCAAAUCUCUUCUCGCUAACAGGCCGUGCGGUGAAAACACGUGCAUUGAAAUCAGCAAUGUCAAAUAUCACAUUUUUCAGCUUGUGAUGCAGUAUCUCUACUGUGGAGGCACCGAGGCUCUGCACAUCAGGAACACUGACAUAAUGGAGCUUCUAUCUGCGUCUAAGUUCUUUCAGCUGGAGGCGCUGCAGAGGCAUUGUGAGAUUAUCUGCUCCAAGAACAUCACCACAGAAACUUGUGUGGAGCUCUACAACCACACAAAGUUUCUUGAUGCCCCUGACCUGGCGUCUUACAUAGAGAGCUACUUCCUGAAGAACAUGGUCAUCCUGAUUGAGUCAGAGCCGUUCAAACAGUUGCUGUAUGACGUUCCUCCAGAUAGCCCCAGCUGUGACAUCCUGCAGGAUCUGGAGAAAACUCUGGCUGUCCGCAUCCAGUCCAUCCACCUGUCAUCAUCCAAGGGAUCCAUUGUCUGAGCUCCAGACCACAUGAACACGAUCAGCAAAAAACAUGACACUGGAUUGAUAUGUGUGUGAAUUUCUUCAGCCAACAGAGCAAAAUGACACCAUCCCAUUACAAUGUGUGCUUCUGUGAAAGCUCAUGAGUCGCUUCUUGGUACGUUAGUGCAGAUGGAUUUAAGUCUACCUGUGAGCCAUGUUGAUAUCUGCCUAUUACGACUUAUCAUAAAACAGCUACACAGUUUGCCAAUAACAUACAUUCACUCAUGCAACGAGAUUGUCAGCUAAGCAAGUAGAUCAAAAUGUGUUUUAUAUGUAGACGUGAAUAGAUCAAGAGAAGCAAACAGCUGCAACAUUGAAGAACUUUCAGAUCAUAAAUUCACACAUUUGAACACAUAAAGACUAAUUAAUUUGUACUCUAUAAAGUCUGUCUAUGCUGAAUAGUUUUUGGAUCCAAGCAAGAUGGAAAAAAGCAGACCUAUAACAUGAUUCAUAUGAGGAACAUUCAUUAAUGGAAUGAGGACUUUCCACUUUUGUGUAAAUAUGGUUGAUUUUGAAAAAAAGAGAGCUAUUAAUAAUGUAAUUUAGUGUAUAUAUUCAUAAAUGUUUUCUCAUGUGU